AUGUCUAGUUUUCAGCAAAGUUAUUUGGCUAAGUGGGAACAAAUUCCGGAGUUUUCUUCGUGGCUUUCACGUUAUAAAGAUGACGAGUACGCCGCCUUUUGCAAAGCAUGCAGUGCGAAACUCCAAAGUAGAUUAGCAUCUAUAAAACAACAUGCAAAUAGUGAAAAGCAUAAAUCGAACUUUAAAAAAUAUAAAGGACAGUCAAAGGUUGAUAAAUUUUUUAGAAAGGUACCACUGAAAGACGAAGUCAAGAAAGCUGAACUCCGUUUUUGCAGUUUUUUUGCAGAACACAACAUCCCUUUUAGAGCUAUGGACCAUCUUAGACCCGAAUUUGAAAAAGAUAUGAUUGUAGACAUACUUCGUACUGCAUCUCCGUCAGGUAAACCAGUUUAUUCAAUUGUAAUUGACGAAAGUACAGAUGUUGCCACAGUCAAAGUAUUGGCGAUAGUAAUCAAAUACUUCUCUGAAACCGAAUGUACAGUAAAAACCAAAUUCCUUGAUUUAGUUGAUUUAAGUGGUGAGACCGCAGAUCAUUUAUUUAAUGCUUUGUCAUCAAAGUUAUCCGAAUUAGGUUUAGAUAUAAAAGAUGUGUUGGGAUUCGCUGCUGAUACUACGAAUGUGAUGUUUGGUCAACAUUCUGGCAUUGUUGCAAAAAUUAAAGAAGUGAACCCAAAGUGCUUUUUCAUAAAAUGUGUUUGUCACUCUGCAGCAUUAAGUGUUAGCCAUGCUUGCAAAAUACUGCCUAGAAAUUUAGAACAGAUGAUAAAAGAAGUAUAUGGAUAUUUUUCUCAAAGCAGCAAGCGUCAAAGAGAAUUUGCUGAGUUCCAAAAUUUCACUGACACUGAAAACCAUAGACUAUUACGUCAUUAUGAUAUAAGGUGGCUAUCGCUUCAUGCUUGUGUUAGUAGAAUAAUUGAGCAAUGGAGGGCACUGCAGUUGUUCUUUCAAGACCAAUACUUGAGUGAUCGCAUUCUAUCAUCAGAAAUGAUAUAUAAUUUUUUUACCAGUGAUAUAAACAAAUUGUACUUCUACUUUUUAGAUUACAUUUUGCCGAUUGUUAACAAAUUUAACAUAAUUUUUCAAGGCGACUAUCCGUGCAUUGAAAAAUUAUACGAUGAUGCAUCUAGUAUGUACUUGUCGAUUUUGGGUUGCUUCAUGAAAACUAAUUAUAUCAAAAGCACGGACAACGUAUUUACGUUAGACCCAAAGUCUACUAUAAAUUAUUUGCCAUUAAAUGAUAUGUACUUAGGGAUCCGAGUGGGUCAAUAA